GAUAUGAAGGAGAAGUUUGUGACCAAGGUAUUUUUCAUGUGAAACACAACCAAAGUGGUUGCACAUGCAUGUAUGAUAUGGUUGCACUCAUGCGUGUAUGAUAUGGUUGCACUCAUGCGUGUAUGAUAUGGUUGCACUCAUGCGUGUAUGAUAUAGUUGCACUCAUGCGUGUAUGAUAUGGUUGCACUCAUGUGUGUAUGAUAUGGUUGCACUCAUACAUGUAUGAUAUGGUUACACUCAUGCGUGUAUGAUAUGGUUGCACUCAUGCGUGUAUGAUAUAGUUGCACUCAUGCGUGUAUGAUAUGGUUGCACUCAUGCGUGUAUGAUAUGGUUGCACUCAUGCGUGUAUGAUAUGGUUGCACUCAUGCGUGUAUGAUAUGGUUGCACUCAUGCGUGUAUGAUAUGGUUGCACUCAUACGUGUAUGAUAUGGUUGCACUCAUGUGUGUAUGAUAUGGUUGCACUCAUGCGUGUAUGAUAUGGUUGCACUCAUGCAUGUAUGAUAUGGUUGCACUCAUGCGUGUAUGAUAUGGUUGCACUCAUGCGUGUAUGAUAUAGUUGCACUCAUGCAUGUAUGAUAUGGUUGCACUCAUGCGUGUAUGAUAUGGUUGCACUCAUAUGUGUAUGAUAUGGUUGCACUCAUGCGUGUAUGAUAUGGUUGCACUCAUGCGUGUAUGAUAUGGUUGCACUCAUGCAUGUAUGAUAUGGUUGCACUUAUGCGUGUAUGAUAUGGUUGCACUCAUGCGUGUAUGAUAUGGUUGCACUCAUGCAUGUAUGAUAUGGUUGCACUUAUGCGUGUAUGAUAUGGUUGCACUCAUGCGUGUAUGAUAUGGUUGCACUCAUGCGUGUAUGAUAUGGUUGCACUCAUGCGUGUAUGAUAUGGUUGCACUCAUGCGUGUAUGAUAUGGUUGCACUCAUGCAUGUCUGAUAUGGUUGCACUCAUGCGUGUAUGAUAUGGUUGCACUCAUGCAUGUAUGAUAUGGUUGCACUUAUGCGUGUAUGAUAUGGUUGCACUCAUGCGUGUAUGAUAUGGUUGCACUCAUGCAUGUAUGAUAUGGUUGCACUUAUGCGUGUAUGAUAUGGUUGCACUUAUGCAUGUAUGAUAUGGUUGCACUCAUGCGUGUAUGAUAUGGUUGCACUCAUGCGUGUAUGAUAUGGUUAUGUUAACAAGUUGCAACAACAUUGAUGGUUCAACAACUUGUUAACAAUAUUGUUCACGGGGUGCAGCACAACAUUGUUCGCUACUGUUUUGAACAACGCCGAACAACCUGAUCAAUUUUUACCCGUGUAAAGUAAGAAACAAUCUCGUUGGGAGCAGCGUCAUGUAAGGCGUUUGAGUUGAGUCCACCAUACCUCCACAAAAUGCACGAAAAAAUAAUAAUUUAUUCUCGACUCUCGAAUCACGCAAAAUCCGCGUAAAUCUCGUUCAGGUUCACGAAACUAUCAAGGCAAUAACGAUCACGUCAAGAUACAAAAAAAUUCACGGAUUAAUAUUUUUACAUUUACAUCAAGUUACUUUUCGAAGAUAACAUUAGGAAAACAACAAGAAUUUCUUGAAAAAAGUAAAAAAAACUGUUCACAUUUAAGAAACGAAUCACGUUUAUUUUUCGUAUUGUUUCAUCUUUCAUUCACGCACGGAUGCACGGUUAAAUCUAAACUUUCUUUCACGUGCAUGACAUGCCGUGCAUGUCUCGUACGUUGCAAAAAUUCGUUCUAUUUUCGUCCGAGGAUGAAAGAACGAGGGUCGUAGACUUGUUGUUCACUUGAUCCCGAUUGCGAGACUUGAAAUUAGAAAUUAUUUUGAGGGAUGAAAAUGGUUAAAUUGCGGGAGUCGGAAUCUGAAGGAAUUUUUAUUAACGCACACGCAAUUGUUGAGGGGAAGCGUGAUCUAUGAUUUUAUCAACUUCACUAUAUGUGGGGUUGUCGGCUUGUGUGCGUGUGGGUGUGUGUGUGUGUGUGUGUGUGUGUGUGUGUGUGUGUGUGUGUGUGUGUGUGUGUGUGUGUGUGUAUGAUGCAGCUAUAUGAAAAAUAAAAACAAAAAAUAUCUACAGUACACUGGCACCCAACUUUCAACUUUGUCUACCGUAGUAUACCUCGAUACCUGAUGCCUCGAUUGAUCCCAGUUUUGCACUUAAAUCGGCGUGCAUGAUCACUGGUUUCGAUUACGUUUGGAGUAAUUUUAGGCGUUAUAGCUAGGGUUAGCGGGGGAUCACUCUCUAUCCCUACGUUAUCUGCACUACAAUUAUCUACUAUCCUUAUGUUACCACUACAAUGUACCGGGUGUCCCAAAAAAAAGUACUCCUGUUUGAUUCGUAAUAACUUCUAAACAAAUACAGCUUUUGAAGAGAAAUAGCUUGCAUUAAAUAGAGGAAGGACUAACUUAGAUUUUGAUAUAUUACAGUUGUAUUUCACUUAAUUCACGGAGAUAUUAAUCUUUAAAAUCGGGAGCAUAUUUCUGGAUGUGUCUGAAAUAUGCAAAAAACGGCGUAUCAAAUAUUAAUCAAGAUUUGCCCGACUGAAACAUGCACUAUUACCAGAAAAUAAAUGACACUUGACAAAUUGUUUAUUAUGAAACAAAGUAUUAUUAUAUUUACAAAAUACAAGCAAGAUUUAUUCGUCCGAAAUUCUCCUGUGUUCUUAGCACGAAUACGUUUCCUUACUUCAUAUGAGACCACUGCAUCGCGAAGAAUCGUCAUGGAUCGUUCGUAGUUCAGAAUUAGGGCAUGCUGUCACAAUGGAAUUGUGAAGCUCUUCUAACUUCUGCAACGUUCUGAAAUCUUGCUAAUAACACCCAAACUCUUUUGUCUUUUCUUAAUCUUGGCAAGUUCAGAGUAAACUGAGAAUUAUAUGAAACACAAUCAAACCAUACAACUUCAUAAAGCCCCGUUUAUACACGAGCAAAUUUUAUUUGACAAAUUUAAUACGACAAAUGCAUUUGAUCAAAAGCUGGUAUGCUAGCUUUUGUUCAAAUGAAUUUGUCACAAUAAAUUUGUCACAAAGGUAUCAUCUACACGAGCAAAAUAUCUUUGACAUAUGAAAUUUGUCAAAUAAAAUUUGCUCGUGUAAACGGGGCUUAAAACAUAACAAUUAAGCAACUCCCCAGGGCCAUGCAACAUUUUUGGAACAAAACGUAACAAAAUAGUAGCGUUGAUACGGUGUUGUGUAUUUGCAAAAAGCAAUAUUAUUCCUUCAAUAAAGACUAAUAUUCAUCCUGCUCUAAUUGAGAAAUAAUCAACUCAGUCUGUUUGAACCCAUUAAAAACAUAAAAAAAUUAGGCUAUUUAAGAAAAAUUUAAGCGCCUGCCUUCCAUGGUCAGUCUUUCAUGUACUUUUAAGUUUGUGAAGACCUAAUAUUAAAUACUUGCAUAAUUUCGAACGUUCAUAUUUCAGGAAACAAUGAGCUAAGACUUACAUGUAAGACGUCUAAAUCUACGCCGUAUCCCCUACAAACCCUAACGAUAAUUCGCUGAAAUACAAUUUAGCCUGAUAUGUCAUUAAGCAAACAAACGCUGGAGUUAAUAUUUGAUAUGCCGAUUUUCGCUAAUUUUAGACACAUCCCAAAGUAUGCUCCCGAUUUUCAACAUUAAUAUCUCCGUGAAUUUUUAAGUAAAAUACAACUGUAAUAUAUCAAAAUCUAAGUUAGUCCUUCCUCUAUUUAAUGCAAGUUAUUUCUCUUUAAAAGCUCUACUUGUUUAGAAAUUAUUACGAAUCAAAUAGGAGUACUUUUUUUUGGGACACCCGGUAUUUUAAUUUUAGAUUCUGCGGAGGAGAGUGGGGGGGGGGAGAUAAUAAAUUAUAUAUUUAUAUGCAUGCAUAUAAUAAUUUUAAUCUUAUAGUUGAUAUUUAACAAAUAUAAAACAUUUUCCGUGUUUAUAUACAGAAAUAUCAACACGAGUGGGAAUUGGGAAAACGAGAAAUUGUGUGGAAUUGUGUAUAACUGUGUAUCAAUACGGGGGGAUGUUUUAUAUUUGUUUUAUAAUAUAGCACAAAGAAAUGUGAGGGGGGGGGGUUCCGACGUUUCCGUGUUGACAUUGAGUUAUAUCAACACGGCUCUUGGCCGAUCGGUGUUCGGAUGCUGUAUUAUAAAAUAUUUUAAUUAUCUUUAUAUAGUGAAUGACACAUUUCACGACACAUCAAGAUUGCAUCUAAAUUUUGUUACUGAAGAUUGCUACAGCUUACAGGUGAGGCUCUGCCUAGUUAUUUGACAUUUUGAACUGAGUGAAACAGUUAUGAACAAGUUUAUCACUUGAAUUUGUGGAAUUUUAGUAUUUACCAUAUCACUCUAUUUCAAUUUCACUAGGGAGAUCCUACCAUCCUCGCGGAAUUUCAGAGUCAUGUUGCUGCCAGUAUUAGUACUUCAUGUAACUGCCCAUUCUCUGAGAAUCACAUUCUUAAUCACAGUAUUAGCUUGAAAUGUCAUGACAGAAUUUCCGGGUCUCUUUACUUGCGUAUUACUGAUGUUGAACAAUAUCAGACUGAGGAACUUAUCUGUAUUCAUCAACUUUAUCUGACGAACAAGAAAAACGCGGCGAAUUUAGGUGAGUUUCUACGAGAUUCGAAUGUUGCACAAAGAACAUGGAGUUUAGAUACACUUUACGAGGGAUUUGACGAUCUAUCACCACAAAUUUCUUUUAACAAUCGCAUGUAUGCCUAAUAUCAUAACUCUCCCGGUAUGGUGCUGCAAAGAGCGUGGAUAUGAGGUUGAUUGUGCUGUUGUUUUCGGUGUGCUUUUAUUGACGUUACAAACUUUAAGCCAACAUAGACUACAUAGGGCCUUCGCUCGAAACGUCGAGUUUCUGCUUGUUUUUUAAGGUAGUAAUAUAACCACUCAGCACAGCAUUUUCAUAUUGGUACAGCAUUUUCACAUUGUUACACUAAAACUGUCGUUUUAGUGUAACAGCAAACACCAGAUUUGGGUUAAAUCGUUCGGUUGAUUUUUCCCUUCUCAUAUUUCUUUCUUAAUAUGUGAAAGAAAAAUAUAAUUUCACGUUAAAGAUGCGGUGCAGUCCAUUCGCACGUCUCAGUUUUGUUUAGUUUUACAGUUUUACUGUAUCACGAGCUGGAGACUCCAAUUACACCUGUGUAAAACGCACUGUACCGCAUCUUUAACAUUAUCGGCUUCUUAAUGCCUUAUACACUUAGUAAAACUUCUCUUGGAUUUGGGUUUGUCAGAACUCUGAACCCGCACUGACAAAACCCCGACAACAGUUUCUGCAUGCUUUCCCUGGAUCAGGGGGUUAGUUGUUUCGCUCCCACACUAGCCUAGAUUGUGCUCGAUCAAAACGCGACAUUUCAAUGAGCGAUGACUCAAAAGCAUCUGCAUAAGAUCCCAUAAGAAACUUGUGCAUAUACUUCAGAGUUCAGCGAUGGACGCAAAACUUUUUAAGAGAUGCUACCUGUAUGGCGUUGGCCACAACCGAUUUGAGUGUCUUUGCUGGUCACAUGCAUUAAUCCAUAGUAUGUUUUCAAGUACUUUUCUUCUAUCUUAGGUACUUGUGUCCAGCUAUGGUAGUGUUAGGCCAGGAAUUAGGGUUAGGGUAAAUGUUAAUGUAUAUAUUUUGUAUUGGGCAACAUAACUUACAUAACCACGACGUGACAGACGUCAUGAGGGUUUUUUCGCCAACCAACUAUAUUUGGGAACUCUCAGCCUCAUCUUCCCAGUGUUUUGGAGAUGUUACGUACCAGAAGUACAAUGAUUGCGUGUUGCCAUUUAAUGUUUUGAUAAACACUUCAGGUAACAAGACACGUGAAGUUGAUGUCGUGUACAAUAAAGGUAGAUGUACUCAAAUAAAUGGAAUGCUCAACAAAAAAUCAGAAGACGAUGGUGGUGGUACAAUUGCAUUGACUAUAGGUCUUGUACUGUCCCUUGCUGGCUUGUUUACUGCAUCGGUUGUUGUUUUCCUCAAGUGGAGGAAGAAAUCUGGAACAGCAAAGAAAGAAAAAAAGAGGUAAGUUAUUUAAUUUAACUUAUUGGGGUAUAAUGCAUAUAGUUUGCAUUGUUAUACAUUAUUUAUUGCUGCCGUAGCGAGCGAGCGUGAAGCGAGCGAGCGAGGCAGCAGCCCUAAUCUUUAUCGAUUAGCGAUUGAGGCAGCAACCCUAAUCUUAGCCGGCAGGCUAUUCUUGCCUAAUAAACAGGCAUAAGGCAAACAAGCAAUGUGAUCAUCUUUCAUCUUUGGUUUUCUUUUAUGACUUUUUAUGGAAAGCCAUAGCUGGCGUAAGUGAUCAAACGGCAUUUUGUCGAUACGCAGUGGUUCGAGCGUUAUACGCGGUGCUUUCGCUAUUAUACGCAGUCGUUCGACUCGAGCAUUAUACGUGGUGGAGCUUUCGCCAUUAUACGCGGUGCGUUCGCCAUUAUACGCAGUGAUUCGAGCAUUAUGCGCGGUGCUUUCGUCAUUAUACGGGGUGCUUUUAACAAAAUUUCCAUAUUCUUUCCAUGUAUAUAAUCUCACGAUUGCUUAAAUUUGGUAUGUGGCUGUGCUUUUUUGCCUCUGGUCUGCAAUAAAAAAGGCAUGCUUUUAAAAAGGUUUAUUUAUAUAAAAAGGUGACUGCACUUUGUGAGUUCUAUAUUAUCAUGUAGUGUUGAUUUAUUAGUAAUAAAUCUGUGUAUAUAACAUAGGUAUAUAAAUUAAUAUAACGCAGCAAAUGCGCGCCAAGCAGUAUAAACGCGGCUGAAAUACGAUAUUAAAAUUAAAAUCUUGAAUGUGCCGUAUGAUUUAAUUAUGUUUUAGGAUUUAAAGCCUUUAAAAAUGCUUUGUCUUUUGUAUUUGUACUUGUACUGCAUCACAAGGCAGUGCGUAAGUGAACAGAUUCCACAUGUGAGGUAAAUCACUGAGGUUGUCUUGUAUAUAUUUUUGCCUUCUUUGAUAAACAUUAUUAAACACGCAAAUUUAGUGAGACGCACACUCGCACAUGUUAAAUGUCACCUGCAUGUCAUUGUCAUUGCCCUUUAACGACAGGUCUAAAUCAUAUGAUUAUUGAAGCGGGGCCGUUUUGACCUAGAACCGUUUUUGUAGGCAAAUUGUCUAUACAAUUUUAUAUACUAGAUAUCACAGCCAUACCUGCCAUUUUGAUCUUUUCCCCGCGUUAGAUAAGUUGAUAAGUACACUCAUUCUUGUUAGCCAUCGUACCUGUUCGGCUGUUUUUCUUUCGAUACGAAACUUCGAGCGCCGAGUUAUCGUACGGCACAUUCAAGUGUAUAAAUUAUGGAUGAUUCCAAUUCAUUACAAAUAUUUCUUACCCUUAUUCUUUAAAAUAUUAAAGAUUUGGGAACAAUGCUAUACCAAGGCAGCAUUCACUACCCUGUGGGUAAACUAGUAUUAUAUAAUACCUUAUUGAAUUCUGAUCUAUAAUACCUUAUUGAAUUCUGGCUGUUUAUGGUCACGUGAUAUUGGAUAGAAAAUUCCAUUUCCCAAGAGUGCAAUGGAAUACUUUCCAUUGGCAUUGCACUCUUUUCGAGUGCAAUUGUACGUUUCAUUCACAUCCAUUCAUUUCGUUUCAUUCCAUUGCACUUUUUGUGUUUUCGAUCGCAUCCGUCAAAAUGCUCCAAAAUCGCAUCCGUCAAAAUGCUCCUCAUACGAAUAUAUUAGUCUAUUUUGGUUUAUAUAAAACAAAUAAUGAAUGUUUAUUCGUGCAUUGGUAAGAAUAUUUUCAUUCGGUGAAAGAUGGAACUAUGUUCCAUUCAACUCGGCUGUCGCCUCGUUGAAUGGAACAUCCCAUCUUCCACCUCAUAAAAAUAUUCUUACCAUUGCACUCAUAAACAUUAUUUGUAUAAUGUCACAUGCAUUCAUGUAUUAAAUUUGUUUACCCAUGCAGCCCGGAAGAGUAGGACAAGUUUCUCAUCCAAUUUCUAUCCAAAUAUAAUUCGAUCCAUUUUUCCUUGCCCUAUAUGUGGCCAUUAGGUCGUAUUGAAAUGCUCAAUAUCUUUUAGUUAACCAAACUAACAAAUUACUCACACCAUUUUUUCUCCUUUAGUGACGACAAAAAGCUGGUAGACACAAUCAAUCUUGACUUGCUUUCUGCCGUUGCACCAACACCGAAGUCUUUGUAUAGAACUAGUGCUGGAGCUCACAGGAAUUAUGGAUACACAAGUCACAACCUUGAUCCUGUCGAUAUCAAGUCAAAACGUGUUUAG